AUGUUUCCAUCAUCUGAAGAGGUUUCGAAUGAGGAAAAAAACAAUCCAGCAUUGAGUACUUCUCAACAACCUGCAAGUAUAACUCCAAAAGUUUCAGAUAAUUUACAAAAAGCACCUUCAUUGACUUUUGUUGAAGAGGUAAUUGAGGAAGAAACUCAAACGAAUCAAACUAAUCAACCUGUGCAUCAUCUCCACACACUUCCUUCGGACGAUACUUUACUGUUACACUCUCACAACCUUUCUAGAUUGUUGGGAUUUAACAAAUCUAAAAAACUAAGACUAAUUGGCAACCAACCCGCUAUUCGAUUCGACAGUUACUUUGAUUUGAAUAAGAAAGCAGAGGAAAAAAUGUUAAAACCAAAGAAGGCAUCCAAAAUGAGAAUAUUUCUCGCCACUGCUUGCUUUAGUGGUUUGCAAUUUGGUUGGGCACUUCAAAUUGCUCUCUUAACACCAUACAUUCUCGAACUGGGUCUCUCCAAAAAUCUAAUCACUCUCAUUUGGCUCUGUGGCCCAGUCUCUGGUCUCAUCAUUCAACCUUUAGUUGGUGUUCUAAGUGAUCGUUGUAAAAGUCCACUAGGAAAACGACGUCCCUUUCUAAUAGUUGGUACAAUCAUGAUUGUCAUGUCCCUUCUCCUCAUUCCAUUCAGUCUCGAUCUGGGUCAUGCCAUGGGAGAUCCAACUAAUGAUCAUCCAGCGGCAAUUGCUUUGGCAAUUAUUGGAUUUUGGAUUCUUGAUUUAUUCGAAAUUGGAUUAUUCGAAAGUUGGAAUGAUUUUGUAAAGUGGUCUGAAUAUAUUCCAUUUUUCAAAACUGAAGUGUGUUCAGAAGGUUGCCAGAAUUUGAAGAUUUGCUUCCUACAGAGUAUCAUGUUUCUUCUCUUUACUUUCGUUGUGACCUUGUUAGCAGCUCGUGAGGAGCCAACUCAUAAGAAACAUACCCAAAGAAGGGAUGAAGAGAAUCGACUAAUUGGUGAAGAAACCAAAACUGAAAAUCCAGAAAAUCAAUCAGAAAGUGGAAUGGAAACUAAUCUUUUCAAAUCAAAAAGUGAACCAAUGCUCCACACAACCUCUUCCCAAAUUGAUGAAGAAGAAGAAAGUGAAGCCCAACCUCAGUUGACUUCUCCAAACUUUAACAAUUCAAAUCAGAAUGCUGCACUUCUGGAACCUUUCAUUGAUGAAGAAGAAUCAGAAAUUACUCAAUCAGAUCGUCCUCAACAAGUGGAAGUUUCUGGAGAGCUGGUACUCGAACACAAUAUUGAAAAGGAAAAGGAAGAACACACAAUCUUUCCUCCAGAUACUCGUGCUGUCUCUCUCCACAUUGUCCGAGUCAAUCAAUUAUGGAACUAUGUCAGGAGUUGCUUCUCCCUACCUCAAGCCAUGUGGAGAGUUUGCAUUGUAAACUUUUUCUCAUAUCUGGGAUGGUUUACAUUCCUUGUGUAUAUUACUACUUGGGUUGGUGAGAAUGUUUUCCAUGGAAAGAGUGAUGAGAAGGAACCUUCGUAUAAUCUCUAUGUGAAAGGAGUUCAAUUCGGCUCGUUUGGAUUGGCUGGAUUUGCUGGAUCAUCCAUCAUCUUUUCCUUUAUGAUUCCUUCCCUGUGCCACAAAAUUGGCUUUAAGGCAACAUUUUUCUUUAGUCAAUUGGUCCUUGCCGGUUGUCUUGGAGCUACCUUAUUUGUCAAGAACAAAAUCCUGGCCUUACUAUUAAUCUCAACCUUUGGAUUUCCAUGGGCAGUGAGCAAUACCAUUCCAUUUGCUCUAGUUGCAACCAUUGCUAAUAAGGAUCAAAAGGGAACUUUUAUGGGAUUGCUGAAUAUUUUCAUUGUUGUUCCACAGUUGGUGAUGAGCUCAUUUGGACCUGUGAUUUCGAUACUUUCGAAUGGAAAUGUUGCUUGGACUUUGAUGUGUGGAGCUAUUAGUGUGUUGAUUAGUGCAGUGAUGGUGUGGUUUCUGAUAAUUCCUCCAUCAAUUCUGAUAACAAAGAAACGAAAGAAGAAGAAACACAACAGGCUCUAUCUUUCUCACUCUAUUCAUUAG